UCACUUUGACAGUUGACAGAUAGAAGGGGGGGCUUGUGUGCCGAAUUUCAAUGCAAAUUAUUUAUUUUUUGCGCGAUUUUUAUCGAUAUUAUUUUACGGCGAAUAAAAUAAUAUUUGUGUGCAAUGUAAAAUAGUGUUUAUGUUAUUUACUUUAUGUGUAUUGUUGUGGUGCUCAUAGCGGCAUAUAACCCGUUUUCGCCAAGUUGAAAUUUUGUUUGUGUACUUUAAUUUCGGUGUAUUUAACCUUUUAAAAUGGUUACUUAUUGUAAAAAAUCAUCUGCGGAAUGGUUUAUAGAUCAGCUUAACGUGAAGAACGCUAAACUUGUGGCGUUUUUUCUUGUGCUAGGGUUUAUUGGAUACCAUGGAAUCUUGCAUCUCAGAUAUGGUCCAGACUCAUGCACAUGGCUUCUGUCGUCCGGACGCUAUAAAGGCGACCAUGAGUGGCAGCCUUAUGGGUGCAUGCUGCACAGAUACUCUAAAACAGACGCAAGGAGGUGUCUCAGGUACUUGGCGUUUUGGGGAAAGUACAACAGUUUUGCAUUCAUCGGUGACGCUAGAUUGGAGCAACUGUAUGAAUACUUUAUAGGUGUACUCAAAACACGACUGGACUUAGACACGUCAUAUUCGACAGUGGACCACCACAUGCCAAAUUAUACUUAUGUAGACCACAAACUGAAGCUAUCCGUCACAUUUAUAUGGAGUGACGAUGUCUCCAAAACCAUGGUGGACCAGUUUAGGAAUUGGCAGCUCUCAGAUAAACCUCCUUCAGUAAUUGUAGCCGGAACUGGACUCCAACCACUCAAGAACCGAAACACGACAGACCUAGUCCUCGAAGAAUACAAAAGGAACCUUACGCACUUGGUGCAAGCCAUAGAUUCGCUUGUCGCGCGCAAGACCCAAGUGCUAUGGAAGCUGAUGGAAGGGGUUGAUACUGGGAAACUGAAGAAUGAUAAUAAGAGGAUCAAUAAUAAUGAUAUUGAUUCAUACAAUAGAGCAGCUGUUGAGAUCCUAACUCACAGUUCAGCCAAGAUAUGGAGUUCUACCCGCCUGGUAGCAAGUGGCGCGGCCUCCGACGACGGAGCAUCGCUCAGCAACACAGCCUUACGGCACUCCGCGCAACUGUUGCUCAACAUGUUCUGCAACGACCAUAUGAACUUUAACGACGGAUCGUGUUGCGCGUCACCAGAACCUCAUACACCGUUGCAACUGCUGACGAUAGCACUGUUUGCGCUUUGUAUUUGUGGCAUUCCAUACCAUAUGAAUUUCAAUGAUGGGUCGUGUUGCGCGUCACCAGAACCACAUACGCCGUUGCAACUGCUGACGAUAGCACUGUUUGCGCUUUGCGCAGUCGUGUCCAUCGCAAGAAAGGUGUGGCGUUGGACCCAAAGUCUGCCUCAACGGCUCGGCGGCUACACAUUAGUGACGUCACCUCCACCUGCAGCGUCAUCGCCUAUAGCCGCGUUGGCCAAACUGGGAAUGAUCAUGGCGUACUUCUACUUAUGUGACCGAACGAAUUUCUUCAUGAAAGAGAAUAAAUAUUACUCGGAGUGGAGUUUCUGGCUGCCUGUAGGGUAUGUGUUCGCAUUGGGGCUGUUUUUUACGGACGACUCGAGGUCUAGCAAAGUCCUGCACCGCGAGCAAACAGACGAAUGGAAGGGCUGGAUGCAGCUGGUGAUCCUGGUGUACCAGGUCACAGGUGCCAGCAAGGUGCUGCCCAUCUACAUGCUGGUGCGAGCGCUGGUCUCCGCCUACCUGUUCCUCACGGGCUACGGCCACUUCUACUACACGUGGAAGACGGGCGACACGAGCGCGGUGCGCUACUUCCGCGUGAUCUUCCGCCUGAACUUCCUGACGGUGGUGCUGUGUCUGACCAUGAACCGGCCCUACCAGUUCUACAGCUUCAUACCGCUGGUCUCCUUCUGGUAUACGCUGAUGUUCUGUAUGUUCGCCUUACCGCCACACCUCACCGCGGCCGCUGCCCACACAACAGAAUCCAAGCCUUAUCAGUACUUGUACAGCGCGCUGAAGACAGUGGGCCUGUUCAGCAUCGUGACCGUGCUGUACAUGAGCGAGGUGUUCUUCCAGAAGGUCUUCGUCACCAGGCCGUGGAAGGCGCUGUUUGUGAACUCAGACGACGACAUACACCAAUGGUGGCUGAGAUGGAAGCAGGAUCGGUACUCAAUGAUCUUCGGCAUAAUAUUCGCCAUGGCGUACCUUCUGGCGCAGCGCUACAAUCUGCUCGACGAUAACAACCACAGCAACCUCUUCACACCAGGGAUCUCCCUCAGCGCCACUCUUCUGGCCUUCAUCGGGCUUGGGAGCUACGUCACCUUCACUUUCUUCUGCACAAACACCUUCGACUGCAACGAGAUCCACAGCUACGUGGCUUUCUUACCCAUCGUCAGCUAUAUCAUACUCAGAAACGUGUCUGGAGCGCUGAGGAUGAGGCAUUCCAGUAUGUUCGCGUGGUUUGGCACGAUUACAUUGGAGUUAUUCGCGAGCCAAAGCCAUAUUUGGCUGGCUGCUGAUACGCAUGGGGUCUUGGUUUUGGUGCCAGGCGCUCCAGUAUUGAAUUUGAUCAUAACUUCGUAUAUUUUCGUGUGCGCAGCGCAUGAAACUAGGGCGUUGACUAUCGCAGUGUUGCCACACGCGGUGCCGGAUGACUGGAAGCUUUUGUUAAGGAAUUUGGCGAUAUUUCUGGCGAUUUUAGUUCCUAUCGGCAUUCAUGAUGGCAUGUUUUAGUUUGAGGAACGUUGAGUAUUUUUUUUUGAUGAUACGCAUUCAAUAUAAUGAAUGUCAUUAUGUUUGUAGUAAGUAAUAAAACACCAAAAGUUACUAAAUACCGUAAUAAUAUGACGAUCCAUAACGUGACUAUCUUGUUUAGAGAUUUGUAUUUAAUUUUGUACAUUUUGAUAUCGAAAAAACCGGAUAAAUAUCGAAGAUAUUUCAAAGUCGUUUUAUAAAUUUUAUUACGCAUUCGUCAAAAUCACUGCUUCAGCUUUAUAAUAAGACACAAUCGUGCAAUCACUUUAAAUUUCACACUUGAUAAACUGCAAUAUCCUACGAAACAUAACUUUAUUUUCUUUUUAUUCCGGCCUGCAUAAUUUUUCUGAGACUGAAUGGCAAUACUUAGUAAAUCCACCGUCAAUUCGGUCAUAGUAUCUUGCUUAAUAGAUAGGUAUUGUAAAUAAGUAUUUCUUAUAUUGUUUUGGAAAAAGCCCUGCGAUUCCCGCUAGUCAUUAGUUAGGGUAUGAUCACAAAUAUCAUACAAUUAGAAUAGUAUUUUGUAAGCAAUUAAGUACCUAAAAUGUCUAGGUUAGUAGCUGAGCGAUGUGACUUGCAUUAAAAAUGUAUUGUGCUUAAUUUCCAUUAGCCAUAGCAUCACAAUUUUAUGAUUUACAAUAAGGAUUACUAGAGCAAAGUUUUAAUACGCAGUUUACGAAUAAAGUGAGAAUUUUGUAAUACAGAACAAAAAGUUGGAGAAGAAAUGUUUUUAAUACAAAAGUUAAAAAUCUGUUUAAAUACAUAAACGUAACUUUUCAGAAACAAAUAGCGUAUCGUUAGCUUUAGGCAUUUGUACCCAUUGUCAAUGAAUAGGCUGUGUAUAGUAUUUACGUAUAUUUAAUUAUAUUACUUAAUUAAGAAUGACCCAUUUGGUCAAUAUUAAUAA